GCUGCCGCCCAGCGCGCAGGCAGAGCCCAGCGGAGCGAGCGGGCGAGCGCGGAGCCAGUGCGCAGCCGGGCUCUCGGGCCGUAAAGCCGCGGCGGGCACCGGGCAGUGGCGGCCGGGAGCGGCGCGGAGGAGGGCGGGAGCGGGGGCUGAGGGCGCCGAGCGGGCGGCGGUGGCCGGAGGACUGCGCGGCGGGCGCACGGGGCAGUCGGGGCGCAGGUGGCAGGGCGCGCGGCCAGCCGGCCCCGGGCGCCAGAAUCCGGCGCGGCCGAGCGGGGAAGGGCGCCGCGCCCACCGCAGCCUACAGCCUGCCCGGGACCUCGGGGCGCCCAUGACGGCGGCGGCGACGGUGCUCAAGGAGGGCGUGCUGGAGAAGCGCAGCGGCGGGCUGCUGCAGCUGUGGAAGCGGAAGCGCUGUGUGCUCACCGAGCGCGGGCUGCAGCUCUUCGAGGCCAAGGGCACGGGCGGCCGGCCCAAGGAGCUCAGCUUCGCCCGCAUCAAGGCCGUGGAAUGCGUGGAGAGCACCGGGCGCCACAUCUACUUCACGCUGGUGACCGAGGGCGGCGGCGAGAUCGACUUCCGCUGCCCCCUCGAGGAUCCUGGCUGGAACGCCCAGAUCACCCUGGGCCUGGUCAAGUUCAAGAACCAGCAGGCCAUCCAGACAGUGCGGGCCAGGCAGAGCCUCGGGGCUGGGACCCUCGUGUCCUAAACCCCCCCGGCUUACCAUCUUACCUUCAUGCUGCGCACCCUCCCCACCACGUGGGUCCCAGAUGUCAAGUCAGCUCUCCUGCCCCUUUUGGCUCAUGGGGCAUGACUCUGCUCCCUGCGUCUAGGCAGAAGCCGUGGUCCUGUGGCAGAGGCGUUGGAGCUGAAGGAAUGGACAGGGCCCAGGGCGGAGGGCAGAAGGCCACGUGGGGCUGAGGAUGAAGAUUCAGCCUCUGGACACUCUGAGACUCUCAGGACAUUCCCAGCUCAGGGCUUUGUAGCCACAGGCCUGACUUGUAUCUCACGAUGGAGCGCGGGCAUCAAAGCAUCCUCUCCCCAGCGGCCCUGUCAUCCGUCCUGCAGACUGCUGGUAGUCCCCAGCUUGGCGUCAUGCCUGGAGGAGGACAUUUCCCCGUGGGGUGCCCAGCCAGCGCCUCAGGACUCGGGAGGCCAGCCUGGUACCCAGAGGGGGAACCACCCUGGCAUCACCUCUGGACUGACCUGGGUGGGCGGGAGCUGACCAGCCCUGAGGCCCACGCGUGGGGGUCUCCUGCUGCUUAGGUCCUUCUGGGACCCCCACCCAUCCAGGCCUUCUCUUUGCACACUUCUUCCCCCACCUCCUGCCCAUCUUCCCCCCACUGUGGUGCUAGGCCUGGAGGUGGUGGGGGUGGGGUGGGGGUUUGACCAUUACCAUUUCAUGCCUAUCCCAAAAUGAAGAUGCCCUACAAAGGGCAGUGACCACACUGUUUGCCGAGUGGAAUUCUUUGCCCACAAAGACCCCAGUGCUUGGAAGAUCCCUCUCCCACCCCCGCUUUCCUAUUCCACAGCCCAUUCCGAAAUCUCCAGCCUAGGGAGGGGGAGACAUGGCAACCCCAGGAGGCAUGACCUCAGUGGUCCUAGGAAGGAGGAACCGUCAGGACUGAGGGAUGUUAUACGGGCCAACUCGGCGUCUGGCGAUCUUCUCCAGAAGGCCGUGCCACCCCUGCCAUCCUGGGAGCUGGCUCAGCGUUCUGGACAGAGCUUGUCUCCCUGUCAUUUAUAUACUCAGGCUUUAUACAUUCGUACAAUAUGUGCA